CCGUGGCAAUAUUUCUCGACUGAUUGUUAUCGAGCUUUUCAUUUGCCUACGAGUAAUGAGCAUAAUGCGCAAAUCUCUUUAGCAAACAUACAAGAAGUUUUAUGCGUUGCUUUGAAACCACAAGAUGUACAUGAUAAUUCAGGAAAAUCAUCGAAUGUUAUCGCAUUUAGCACAACUAUUGGACGACCAUCAAUGCAACCAUGGAGUUCAGCACUGAUCGAUUGGAUGACUAUGACGGAUUUAAGGAUAAGUCUUAUGAGAUUCCCGGAAUAUCGAGAUGAAGUUCAAUAUGAUUCAAAUGGACUAUUCUUAAACCCAAGUUUACUAAAACCAACAAACAUAUUUCGUGUUAGUGGCAGUCCUGGUAUAGGCGGUUUUGGCACAAAUCCUGUCUUGUCCGAGGCAGGUACACUGGAUAUGUCACAACAUCUAUAUCAGUCUGAUAUGCACUAUUCAAAAACACCUAAGAGUAAAACACCUGUUCAUUUUUCUUUCUCUGAUUUAUCUAUCGGUGGUCGGUGUAAGUGUAAUGGACAUGCUAACCGUUGUGUCAGAGACCGAACAGUUGGUACAGCAGUAACAACAGAUAAUAAUGGUCAGUUGAAAUCUCAGUGGGGGCCACUUAGAUGUGAUUGCCAACAUAAUACAGAAGGAACUGAUUGCGAACGUUGUUCACCUGGUUAUUUAGAUAGACCGUGGGCAAGAGGUACUUCUGAAUCAGCUAAUGAGUGUAAACGAUGCGAUUGUAAUCUGCACUCGAAUUCAUGCGUUUUUUCAAACCAGUUAUAUCUAAUGUCAAUGAAAGUAAGCGGUGGUGUAUGUCAAGAUUGUCAACAUAAUACGGUCGGAAGAAGAUGUCAUAAUUGUGUAACAGGUUACUAUAGAGAUUGGACAAAGCCUGUUAGCCAUGAUCAAGUCUGUUUGGAAUGUCGAUGCCAUCCGAUUGGAUCGAUCACUAAUCAACAUUGUGAUCGUAAAACUGGUCAAUGUCCAUGUAAACCAGGUGUUGUUGGGCAAGCAUGUAAUCGUUGCCAAGAGGGUUACAAACAGACACGUUUACCUGAUGCACCAUGUAUUAAAGCUAUGGAACAUUACGCGCAUAGAAGAAAAGAGAAUGACCAAACAUCUCAUUCAACCAAAUCCCAGUUGUCUAGACCAGAGACUAAUAUCAAUUGUCCUCCAUGUGAGAGAAGUAAGAAAAGAAUAAGAUUUAAGAAGUUUUGUCGUUGUGAAGCUGUUUUUCGUGGCAUAGUCAAAUCACGAACAAUUCAUGGAGAUUUAAUGCGUCUUGAAGUUGGCAUUCAAAACACAUGGCGUAUUACUGGAGCAGCUGAACACUUAUUACCUAAAACAGCAUCGUCAAAUCUACCAGCCUAUCGAGUUUGGUUACGCAUAAAAAAAAACCCAGCAGAUAAACUUCAUUCACAAUGUCUAUGUCCAAACCUUCAAGUUGGUCAAUCAUAUUUGUUCAUAACACGUUCGCAUCAGGUCCCAUAUGACGAUCGAAUGGAGUUGUUACUUGAUACACAUAGUGUAGUAUUAAAAUGGAGGGAAUCAUGGAGGAGACGAUUGUCAAAAUUUGUACGUCGUGCUGCACGUGAAUCAUGUGAUAGUGAGAAAAAUUCAGUUGUUGUUGAUGACGAUAAUAUUGAUGACAGUAAUAAUGAUAAAUUACAAAGAACUCGUCAAGUACAACGGUUGCGUCUAGGUUCUGAUUACUAUUCGUCAAACAACCAAGUGAAUCAACAUAAUCGAAUACAAUCCCUCACUUCACCUUCAACAUUAUCAUCGAAUUACCAGUUGAAUAGGUUAAGGUCAUCUACAAAACUGUCAUCUAAAAAAUUAAAAAAACAAAUCAGUCAAUCAUCCAUCAUUUCCGACCCACAUAGUUCUAAAGAGGUUAGUUUAAAUUACCCACAUGAUAAGGAUAAAUUUCAAUAUAUAACCAAUAAAAAUAUGUAUUCAUCAUUUUAUUCAAAUCAAUAAAUUCAGGUCAAAAUCUAAUUAUAAGAAAUGAAAUACUAUAUCAUGGAAACAAUGUUAAAUAGUAAAAUUUAGUUAACAAUAUCGAUGUACAGUAUUGCUGUUUUGAAUAUAUAAUUCCCCCCACCCUCCAAAAAAGAAGAAAAACAUCAAAUGAAUUGAACUAUCAAAGGAUGAGCUUUUUUUAACAAAAAACAAACAAACAAUUUCAACCAUAUUUAUUGAUUAAAAGGGAAAAGAAAAAAAGCAAUCCAUUUAUGAAUCAGGAAUAACCAAUAGGCACAAAAAUUAAAUAAAUAAAUGAAUACUUGUUAUAUAACCUUUAAAUAGUUACUUGUCAUUUAUUGAUAUUUUCUCAUUUUGAAAAUAAGUUAAUAAUAAUUAUGUACUUGUGUUUUUAUACACAGUUACUAUUUCAUAAUUCAAUUAAUUAUUUGUUCUAUUAUCUAUCAAAAAUCUAUCAUUAUCAUUCAUAAAAUUCAUUAAUUUACCAUAUAAUCAAUAUUAUUUACUAUUAAUAUAGUUAAAAUUCUUUAAAUUAUUAACUAUAU